AUGACUGGAAUAACCUGUGUAUUAUUCCUAUUACUUUUGACAUUUACAUCAGCAGCAGAAUAUGAUGAUCCUGAUUGUAUUGUGGACAAAAAUUUGGAACCAUAUGGUUCAAACUACAUGGACUGUAGCACUGACUUACAGGUACAGAUGGGUAGGACCGAGUGUUGUAAGAUAGACGAUGCAGUUGGCUGCUGCGAACCCGGAGGAAACUGGAAACAGUUUCGUCUGAUAGGUAUAUGUCUUGGUGUAAUCACGGUCACCUUGGCCGCCUUUCUCAUUUAUUGGUUCUGGUGCAGAAAGAAUAAGCGAGUAUCCAGGGCAACCGAUUACGUUGCUCAAAAAGUAUAUGUUGCACAGGAAAGAUACUGCAGUUGUAUCCGGUGCUGCAGAAAACAGGUAGAGGCGCGAAAACACCACGAGGUACUGAAACAGAAAGCGGAAGAAAUCCCAGCAUUCCAGCUACCAGCCGAGUCCAGCAACUCGGAUCAAACCUUCGACAAGUUCUGGCAGGGACCAAUUGUUAAAUCAUAAACACUGUAUGAGUCAAACCUUCGACAAGCCUGGCAGGGACCAAUAGUUAAAUCAUAAAUAGUGUAUGAGUCAAAUCUUCGACAAUUUCUGGCAGGGACCAAUUGUUAAAUAAUAAACACUGUAUGAGUCAAACCUUCGACAAGUUCUGGCAGGGACCAAUUGUUAAAUCAUAAAUAUUGUAUUUUAAACGUUUGUUAUUACAUUUACUAAUUGACAGGUUAUAAUACAUCGCUAAAUUCACAAGUUUUAAUCGACCGUGCCUUUUUUUUUAUUUCAUCAUUCUCACCAGGGUCUUUCAAAUUCUGUUUGAAAGACCAUGUUUUCACAUUUUCACCUAAAAGAGUGGUCUCUGUUUACAGGUUUGUUCGUAUAAGCAUAUAAGACCUGAAUUGCGCAUUUUAUUAAGUAAUAUUAAUGAUAUUAAUUUUUAAUUUUCAUACAUUUUGUUUAAUAUUCCUUUCUGCAUAUUGCCAAGUACAUGUAUAAAUGUACACAUAUAAUAUGUUUUUA